AUGAAACACCCUUUUCAAAUCAUAACCACAGAUAAGUCUGGAAAGCAUUUAUUUGCUACUGUGAAAAACAACUUACAAGUUUUUGACUUGGAAUCAGGAUCAUUACUUGGAGUUUGGAUCGAUGAAGUUAACAGUAAUACUUCUUUGAAGAAACAACAAGAAGAAAAAAUUAAGGUGUUGCAAGCGCAACAAGAAGAAUUAACACAAACCAGCGAAGACACCGAACAAGAGAACACUGCGCCUUAUAAGAAACAAAAAUCGAGUGUUUCAAAACCAAUUAAAGUACCAAAAAUCCCAGUGCCUGGUCCUGGUGCUCCACCAAUCUACAAUUACAUUAGAGCUUUAACAUUAUCAAAGGAUGAAAAGUUCUUAAUUGGGAUUACUGAUAGUGAUAAAUCAGUCAUUAUUUUUAGUAUCGAUUUUGAAAAUACUGAAAACUGCCUAACACUUAUUAAACGUCAAGUCUUUCCAAAAAGACCUUGUGCAGUAUCUACUUCUAUCGACGAUAGGACAGUCGUUGUAGCCGAUAAGUUCGGUGAUGUUUAUACUAUUGAAAUUGACUCAGAAGCAGCAAUUGAUGAGAAAGAAUUAUCUCCAUUAUUAGGCCAUGUCUCAAUGUUAAGUGAUGUUAAAAUCGCCGAACAUAAUGGAAAGCAGUUUAUUUUAACUGGUGAUAGAGAUGAGCAUAUAAAGGUGUCAAAUUAUCCAAAAUCUUAUAUUGUCAAACAUUGGUUGUUUGGUCAUCGUGAGUUUGUUUCGUCAUUACAUAUUCCUGAUUUUAAUACAGACUUAUUGAUCAGUGGUGGAGGAGAUGAAUUUGUUUGCUUGUGGAAUUGGUAUAAAAAUGAAUUGCUUAGCAAGGUUCCGUUACGUGACUUAAUUCAACCAUUUUUGACUGACUCCCAUUUACCUCCUGAAAGAUUUCUUACUGAAGACUCCAAGAGAGAAAUUUCUAUUUCUAAAAUAUUAACGUAUGUUAAUCCUAAAUCAAGUGAAAAGCUACUUAUUGUUCUAUGUGAAAAUACGAACUGUGUUUUAUUAUUUGAAUUAAAAGACGAUUUUUCAAUUAUACAUAAGUGCACAUUGAAAGUUAAUUAUUCCUUAGUUGAUAUUUGUUUGGACCAGUCGUCAGGGACUUUUAUCGCUUCAAAGGAUAUAGAAUCGGGCGAUGAUUUAUUGGAAUUCUAUCAAAUAAAUAACGAUUCAAAUAAUUUAGAAAUUGUUGAUAGAUCUAAUUUGUCAAAAGCUAUUUCUACAGCGAAUAAUUGUGAAGUAGAAUCAAGAGAUCAAUUUUACCCCUUGUAUUAUAUCAACUCUUUGAGAAAGAGAAGUGAACAUUGA